CUGAAGAUAAUACCUGACACACUAGCUCUUGUCGCGGGUUGCUGGUUACGGGCCCGCGCACGUUGCUGGCUCUGCAAAGCAAGUCGCCUUCGUGUUGUGAACGUUGCGGCUACGGGACGUCGAAUUCUUGAAUGUGCAAAUCGAAAUUGUCUGGCUACCAUAGAAUAUACCGACCUCCCUGAGGGUACCAUAAUAGAGCAAGAGAAGGCAACGAAAGAGGAACUAAUGGAUGGUAUUUGCGAGAUACUUCAGAAAUGGUAUAUCCCUCCAAAGAAAGGUUGGAAGCGUUCCCGAAUCCACCGUUUGAAUAUGUGUGCCAGAAUUUGCAGCGACUGCUGGACAGCGGGCGUGUUGUCCGUUCGUUUCCGUCAACUGCAACUUGUUCUCUACGUAAUGAUGGGUCCAGAAUGUCCACGUAGAGACUUGCCAGCUCGUAUAUUACGUAAGCUCGGUUCAUUGAUGAAAUCACUUUACACUGAUCUUGAUUGUAGAUUUCGAAAUUUUCUGUUUUCAUGUUCUGCGUGUGAAGUUUUUCUUAUCUUCCUUGUACAUAGGGCUUUAUGA